AUGAUAGCGCUAAGUAUCGGUCUAGUUAUGGACAUUCUCGACUUACUCGAGUUCCUGAUCAGCCGCUUCAACAAUGUGGAUGAGGCCUUCAGGAAGAUCAUCAGUACCAGCGACACCAAGACGCCACUGAUCACUCUCCGUGUGUUCCAAGCUGCUUUGGUGGCGUUGGAGUGUGGCAAGUUCAAAGGUCCGGACGAACACCAGCGCUUGCAGGCCAUUUUCCGCUACCUCGACCCGGGAGGAGAGGGAAGCAUCUCCCAGGAUGAGUGGCGGGUACUCGGCCAGCUGUGGAACGAAUUUGACCUGACGAUUCGCGAGUUCGUCCAGUUCUUGAUCAUUGCCUUUGGUGAGGAUUUGCAGGAUGCGUGGGAGGCUCUGGACGAUGACCAAAGUGGAGAGCUCUCCGAGGAAGAAUGGUUUGAAGCUGUUGAGAAGAUCGGAUACUUCGGACCUGCCAGGGUGAUAUUCGCACUGCUGGACGGCUCCGACGACGGCGACAUCUCAGCAAAUGAGUUCCAGGUCCUGGAAAAGUACAAGCCGAAGCCAAAGGGUGAGAAAAGACAUCCUCAUCAACACCAUCACCAUCACCAUUGA